AUGUUUGCCCUUUUUAUUAAAGUCAUUUCAACACAAAUGUAUUAUGUCAAAAUGAGAGUAGAGAAAAGUGCAAUCCCAAACAUAACGGCGGCACUGGUACCUUUUGUCCAAAAUACCACCUUGAAAGUCGAUGACCUUAAAAUAACAACAAACUGCAGCGUAGGCGUGGGCAAGAGCGUCAAAGUGUGCACCUGCAAGCCGUCCUUCAGAUGGAGCGAUGGAGUCUGUCAGCAAUCUGGUCAGAAAUGUUGCGGAGGUAGUUGCACCUUCCCAAACGCAACUGGCAUGUGUGUUUCAAACGACGCAGUGACCGUGAGUGGAUCCAUUACUUUAAAUAGACUGGAAUAUUACCAGUGUCUGCAUGAAAAAACAUCCAAGGAAUUUAAGAAGUGUGAUGGCACUUUGUUGGAAGCGAUGAAAGCAGUGUACAGCACUAUGCCAGGAUUUGACACCUUGACAAUUAGCAAAUACAGGGUCGGAAGCGUCAUUGCAGAUUUUGAAAUGACGUUCGCUUAUCCGAUCAAACAACAAUCUUUGAUUGAAAACUCAGAAGGCAUAAGCAGCAAUCUGUCAGCAUCCGUUAAUCUGAUAACUAGUGGUGUGGUCCGUUUGAUUAUGCCGUCGCAAAACCCCGUGUGUUACCACGAUAAACCCAUCCUCAGAUGCACGGUAGAGGACGACCUGGGCACACAGCCAGAGUGGCAGUUGGAGAGAGCGGGCACAGUGUUUCGGAUAUUUAAUGGCACAGAGUCGGAGGUGACAAGAGAAGCGAGGGAGACCAACGUCUCGCUCAAAAACAUAUCGGAACUCUGGGGAGGAGAGUACACAUGCCUCUAUAGGAAAAUUGGGGAAUUAGUCAACAUAAACCACUCAGCCAGCGCUGUAAUGAACGUCUCGCUCCUGCCAGAAAUUCAGAUCACCAUGACACCGCCUUUUCCCCGCUGCUCAAAUAAUGGCGAUGUUGUGACAGUAAAAGUAAAAUGUGAAAAAAACAACAAUGAAAGUUAUGAAGUGAAAUGGAAUCAAAGCCACCUUAUUGAAACUGAUGAUGCCUAUUCGGCUGAUGUAGUUGCUAGCUGCCACAACCCUCAGAGUAAACCCAUCGUAAUGUGCACCUUUCAGAACAGUUGCGGGAUAACUAAACCUGCUUCAACUGAUGUCAAUAUCAUAUAUGGAAAUGAUACAUUCUGUAGACCUGAAGGUGAUUGGAAAGACACCAAAGCUGGAUUUGAGGCUGUGUUAAAAUGCACAAAUGCAACUGGACAAAGAAAAAGGAAAUGCAGUACAGAUGGGACAUGGGAGGCAGAGAGCUCAGCGUGUGUGAAACAGCAAGUAAAUGAUGUUCUUCAAAAAGCAAAGAUUAUUGACAUUGGACUUGGCUCAGUAGAUGACAAUGCUGCCAAAGUGUUUGACCUCCUUCAGGAUGUCACCAAUGACUCAGAGACUAUAAACACUGGCCCCGACAUCGGCGCAAGUGUUUCAGUUCUCUCCAGCUUGAGUCAAAAGCUAAAAAACAUAACUGAAGAAUCUACAGUGGAUGACUUUCUGGAGUCAUCCAGCAAUAUGCUCGAGGAAUCUCUUAACAAAUCAUGGGCAGAAAACGUGACCAUGGACAGAAUGACAUCGGCUGAGAUAUAUCUAGAUUCCCUUGAAAAAUUGAUUCAUAUAACCAACCUAAGCAAUGCACCGUGCAAACAUAAUAAUAUAGAGGCAGCCCAAUCACAUUGCCAACAGAGUUCAGAAUGUCACCCAUUGUUGUUCAAUUCGAGCGUUAUAUUUGAUGGUCAGGACCCUGGUGACGUAAAGACAGCUGCGUUCAAAGAACUGGGGAACUAUUUGCACAUCAGUAAUGAGACGUUCAUCAACAGCAUCGUUAUGACAGUGAGAACUGAAAACAAAUUAGUGGGUCCAUUUAAGGUUCGAAUCAACUUCACAUUGACCAAGCCGAGGCCUCGCAACGUUGAAAUAACGUGUGUCGCAUGGAACAACACCACCAGGAGUUGGUCACCAGAAGGAUGCAAAUGGGAUCCCUCUGAGAAACGUUGCAUUUGCACACAUUUGUCCUCAUUUGCCGUUCUAAUGUCAAAGGCUCCCCUGGACGUCCCAGGCCUCACACAGCUGACCUUGGUGGGACUGUCUGUAUCAGUGGUGUCACUCAUUCUCACCAUCGCGAUAGAACUGACAGUGUGGGGUUCUGUAGUUAAGACAGAUCAGUCGUAUAUACGCCACACCGCCCACGUCAACAUUUGUCUCUGUUUGCUCGUUGCAGAUUGCUGCUUUUUGGCAACUCCUAACAAAGAAUCGUGUUCAAGGAUCGUUGUGUUGUUGAAACAUUUCAGUUUCCUGUCUGUGUUCUUUUGGAUGUUUAGUCUGAGCAGUAUGCUUCUUCAUAGUAAUGUUUUUGUGUUCCACACUGUGAGCAGGAAAACCUACCUGAAGUUGUCAUUGGUCCUGGGCUACGUGUGUCCUUUGCUGAUUGUUUUGAUCACAUUUCUGUACUAUAAAAAUGGUGCUGAAGAGGAAUACUUCUAUCGUGACACCUGUUGGCUGACUUACACCAGACUUCUGGAAGGGUCCAUCCACACAUUUGUGUUACCAGUCGGUGUGAUUGUUUUCUUUAAUGUGUUCUCCAUGGUGGUGGUCAUCAUUAAGCUUUUGGAUCACUCUGCGACUACAAACAGAUAUAAUGACAAAGAAAAAAAGGCGUCCGUGAAUGUCAUUAGGUCAGUUAUUCUUCUGACGCCAAUCUUUGGUGUGACUUGGAUUUUUGGGUUCGCUGUAAUGCUUGUUGACCUCACAUCUGGACCAAUCGCCUACGCAACUCACUACGCCUUCACCCUGCUGAACACAUUCCAGGGUUUGUUCCUUUUAUUAACCAUAUGCCUGGCAGACAAAAUGACCCGUGAAGUACUCCUGAAACGUCUGAGGAGGAAUGCGGAGCCGUCAGUUACUGACACCGACACUGGCACCACAAAGUCAGCUACACGAUGAAGUUGUGUGAAUCGUGUCAAAUAUGUUCUUACAUCAAAACAGCUUUUUAGACAUGAAGCCACAGAUAAUACAUUUGGAGCUACAUUGUUUUUCUGAUGUGACUACUUUAUUGUUACUAAAAUUUCCUGUGAUGCAAGUUAAAGUCCAUUUUACAAUAUUGUAAUGUUUGUAUAGUAUACAUGAAACAUUUCCACCCUUGUAAUCUUUGUCGUUUUACAUUAAACUACUAUUCAAGGAAUAGCACACAGCCAUAGUGUCCCUAUAUUUCAGCUCUCAGUGCUGAUCUGCGUCCACUACAGUCCUCCUCGUCUGUAGGUGCAUGGAGGGAGUGCAGACUCUGCAGCACGGCUGCAUGCUCAAUGGGAAUCCU